ACCAAUUAUAUCUAAACAACAGAAAACAACAGCACAGACAACCCCAGAAAUUUCUACAAUCUCUUCUCAUUUCAAUGGCUUCUCUUCCUCUUUCAAAUCAAUACUCUCUUUCAAUUCCCAAAACCCCACUAAAUUUUGCACCCAAAAACCUUGCUUUUCAACAACUACACACUUUUCAAAAAUCUUAUAAACCCAUUUUAAGGCCUUUAAAAUCUUGUUAUUUGGGUCAGAAUUUGGCUUCUUAUAAGUCUUUUUGUACAGCUAAAGACGCCACUGUUGAGACAAGUGAAGACGUGGCUCAGUUUAAUGAUCUUGAAGAAUCCGAAAGCGAUGCAGAACAGGAGACUGUAUUGACUGUUAAGUCCUUACUUCAACUUUACAGAGAAGCUAUCCUUAAUAAAGAUGACAUAACUUCAUCGGAAAUUGAAGCUACACUGUGUCAUUUAGAAAGUGAGAAAAAUAAGUUAUCCGAGCAGUUUGCGUCUUUGUCAGCUGAUACAAGUUCUGGGAAAGAAAGGUAUAUCCGGUUACAGGCGGAUUUUGAUAAUUUUAGAAAAAGGUCAGAGAAGGAGAGGCUUAACGUAAGGAGCAAUGCCCAAGGGGAAGUGAUUGAGAGUCUUCUGCCCAUGGUAGAUAAUUUUGAAAGAGCGAAGCAACAGCUGAAGUUAGAGACAGAGCAGGAGAAGAAGAUUGAUGCAAGUUACCAGGGUAUAUAUAAACAGUUUGUGGAAAUAAUGAAGAACUUACAAGUGGCUGUUGUACCAACAAUCGGAAAGCCAUUUGAUCCUAUGGUUCACGAGGCAAUUGCACGUGAAGAGUCAAAUGAGUUUAAUGAAGGGAUUGUUAUAGAGGAGUUUAGACGCGGGUUUCUUCUUGGGGAACGACUACUUAGACCAGCAAUGGUUAAAGUUUCGGCUGGCCCUGGUCGAGCAAAAUCUGAUGAAGUGCACCCAGAGGAAUCUACAGACUCAGACGAUCAACCAGAGACGGACGAUUUAGGCGAAAGAUAGUUGAAAAUUUUGCACCAUAUAGUGUUCAAUCUUAUAUGUUCAUUGGCAAAUGCCAUUGUCCAUGUUUCUUACACAUAUUCCGGUCACAUUCGUUAUGAGUAUUUUUACCUCACUUUUUCCCCGUUUUUCUUGUUAUGGUAAGUUUAUAGAAGUUGAAGGGAUGCAUGUUGUACUUUACUGCUACCAUAUGUCUAUCGUUAAGGAUUUGAGUGUC